UGGUGAUUGUCCUUGUCGCCGUAGCCUUACCGCCGCCAUGCCUGUCAAAGGAGGCACCAAGUGCAUCAAGUACCUGCUCUUCGGCUUCAACUUCAUUUUCUGGCUCAAAGAGCUCCAACCCCCUGAUCGUGAGGAAGGCAGAGCUGGGCAGCCUGUGUUUUCCCCUCUUCCUUUCAGCACUGUACUCGCAGGGACGGCAGUGCUGGCGAUCGGGCUCUGGCUCCGGUUUGAUUCACAGACCAAAAGCAUCUUUGAACUGGAAUCCAACAACACAACCUUUUACACAGGAGUUUACAUCCUGAUUGGAGCUGGUGCACUUAUGAUGCUGGUUGGUUUCUUGGGAUGCUGUGGUGCAUUGCAGGAAUCUCAGUGCAUGCUUGGCUUGUUUUUCCUCUUCCUUUUUGUCAUUUUUGCCCUUGAAAUUGCUGCUGCAAUCUGGGGAUUUGCAAAUAAAGAAAAGGUUAUUGAUGAGCUAAAGGAAUUCUACAAGGAAACCUACAACAAGAGAUCUCAACCAGCUGCCAGAGAGACCCUGAAAGCAUUUCAGUUAGCUCUGGACUGCUGUGGUCUUACAGGACCUUUAGAGCAAAUGUUAAUGGACACCUGUCCCAAGAAGACCUUGAUUGAGGCAGCUUCUGUGAUGUCAUGCCCUGCUGCCAUUGAUGAUGUCUUCAAUUCAAAACUGAAUGUGAUUGGAGCAGUUGGCCUUGGCAUUGCUGUCAUAAUGAUCUUCGGCAUGAUCUUCAGCAUGGUUCUGUGCUGCGCUAUCCGCAGAAGCAGAGAAAUGGUCUGAAGAGCUGAAAAACAACAAAAAACCCCCAAACCACCCCCUCUCCCCCAACACUGCUGCACUAUAAAAACCUUUCUCAUUAACUUUAGAG